UGAUUGUAGACAGGAAACUGUAUUAAACUGACUGUUUAGCUGUAAACUUUGCCAUUACUAAACCAACUCGUCCCGCGAAUGCUCACAACGCAACAAAAUGCGUCUAAUAUUGGUUGCCAUAGUAACAAUUUUGAUAUGCUAUGUACAUUACGUGAUAGGAUACAAACCAGGUGGCCGUUACCUUUAUACCAGGUACAAGAAUGCACGGAGGCGCCAGGCUAGACAAAUAUUUAUACAGCCUCAUCCUUCUGCAUGCUACGACUCACCAUGUCAAAAUGGAGCCACCUGUGAGUGGAUGGAUGUACCUAUUACUUGCGACUGCGCAGUAGGAUUCACCGGAGACCUAUGCGAAAUAAAUAUCAACGAAUGUAUAUCAUCUCCAUGUUCGUAUGGCCCUCAGAGCCGGUGUGUUGACUAUAUUAAUGAAUACGCCUGCGAAUGCCCUAUAGGCUAUGGUGGAUCUGAAUGCUUAACAGAGUUGAACGAGUGUGAAUCAGACCCUUGUCAAAAUGGCGGUCGGUGCAUAGACAGAUUCAACGGGUACACCUGUUCCUGCGCCGCUGGCUUCACGGGAGCUGUCUGCGAAAUAAAUAUUGAUGAUUGUUUAUCAUCACCAUGUCAACAUCAAGGUGAAUGUACUGAUAGUGUGAACAGCUUCUUUUGCUCGUGUAAACCUGGCUUCCAAGGAUCUCUAUGCGAAACAGAUAUAAACGAGUGUGCUGCUUUACCCUGUCAAAAUGGCGGCAGAUGUAUCGACCUGAUUAACAGAUUCGAGUGCGUCUGCGCAAAAGGAUUCCAUGGACCCCUGUGCGCACAAGCCCAAUUAAGUUGCCGUAGCUACCCUUGUCUGAAUGGUGGUCGAUGUAUUGAGAAGAGACAGGGGUACGAGUGCCAAUGUCAGACUGGCUAUAGAGGAGUUAACUGCCUAUUAGCGAUAGAUGAAUGCUCUCAGAAUCCUUGUAGAAAUGGCGGCAGAUGCUACAAUUUGGUAAAUGGUUUCUUCUGCACUUGUCUCCCUGGAUUUAAAGGGAAACAAUGUGAGCAAGAAUUAAGGAGGUGCAGCAACUCAAAAUGUCUAAAUGGCGGUACGUGCGAAAGUGACAGAGAGUUCACUUAUUGUAUAUGCACAGAAGGAUAUUCUGGUGGAAUCUGCCAGUUCCACGAAAAAGAUUAUUCUGUCAGACUUGUUGGCGGUAAAUCCGAUAAUGAAGGUCGAGUUGAGGUCUACUACAGGAACAAAUGGGGUCCUAUAGCUGACAGUGCAUGGACACUAGAGGACGCUAGUACCGUGUGCCACCAUCUAGGCUUCCAUUCAGCAAUUGAGGCGUUCUCGCAUUCCGAAUAUGGCAACAGUAACGACCCCGCCCAGAUCUGUGAAAUGGUGUGCUCUGGAAAUGAACACGUCAUUCAUGAUUGUGUACUUGAUCAGCCUGCUGCGGAUGUGGGUUGUCAACAUAAGGCACACGUUGGGGUAAUAUGUACCGAUGUUGCAUCACCUUGUCAGGCAUCAUGGAGAUCAUGGAGCACAUCAUGUUAUUACGUGGACCCCAAGCCCCGUACCUGGGACGAUGCUAACAGCAACUGUCAGAAGAAGGGUGCAAGUUUAGUUCACAUCGAAUCUGAAUUAGAAAAUGAGUUCUUGAGAGAACAUGUUGAAAAGAAUCACGGUGGCUAUCCAGCUACAUGGAUAGGUUUGAGUGACAGUACGAAAGAGGGCGAUUUUACUUGGCUAAGAAAUCAAAACAAUUCCUUCACAAACUGGAACCUAGGCGAACCUAAUAAUGGUGGGGUGACUGCAAUUAUCAGAACAUCUAAAUCAGUAAUGAUGUCAACAUACGAUGAGACAACUGGUGGGGAAAACUGUGUUGAAUUAUUGACGAUAAAUGGUAAAUGGAAUGACAUAGAAUGUUCUAUGAAGCGACCGUCUGUCUGUGAAACAGUUCAAGAAACUAUGACGUCUGUUAAAAAAAUGUCUCCAGGACUGAUAGCCGUCAUAUCAGUUAUCGUGAUUGUAUUUAUCGUUGGUGGUGUAAUAACGGCUGGGCUUAUUAUUACAUAACAGUUACAGGGGGUGUAGACCGUCGAUCUGGUCAAAUGUGUAACAGUGGUCUGGACCAUAUGGUUUAUUAAUUUUUAUUUACAAUGUAUUCUAAUAUUUUGGAUAUAGUUGGAUGAAAAAUGUAAAUUGUGACUUUUCUCUUUGUUAUAGAUUGUUUAAGUUAAGGAUUAGUACUAAAUAUUGCUGAAAUAUGAAAAUAAUAAAAUAAGAAAAUGGGUUUGCAAUUUUUAAUUCUAUACUUGAAACAACUUUUAAGAUUUUCCAUCAAUAAGGUAAAUAAAACAUUGCAAGGGGAGGCUAGGACUAGAGACGAUGAAUACAAGUUAGGAAUUAAGCAUUUAUAGAAUUGCUUCCAGUUGCCUUGUAUCGUCGAAGGAAGACGGUUUGCAAACUCAUCUUAAUGUAUGCUAAUGUUAUCUGGGAUGAACAUGCAGCCCAGACAAAAUUUGAUACCAGACAGUAACAGAGUUCUGGUGGAGUCAACAAAAAAAAAAUAGAUCUAUGGUAAUAAAAUUAUAUUUACAAACACAUUAGAUGAAAAAAUCUUGUCUAAUAAUGUAAGAGAUAAUGACUUAGAUUACACACUAAUAUUGUUGUACCUGUAAAUUGCAACGUAAUUAUUGAUUCUAGGCUGUAAGUAAUGAUGCUUUGUCUAUGAGAAAAUAAAUAAAAUAUAGGCCUAAUGAUUAUUUUUCAUUAAACUACUAUGUAGAGAAAAGAGACGUUUUUAUAAAGGUCAUAAGAGAAAUAAACAUUUUUCUUAUACGAUACAUAAGUUGGAUGGAAGGACUACUUAAGAAGUACAGUAUUUCAUAAUUUCAAAAAGUCCACAGCACAUUUUAUUAAAACGUCGGUAACCGGAAGUAUGGAGAAGUGUGAUACAAUA